GAUCACAAAGUGCCCUCAAUUUCCCACCUCAAAUUCUCAAUGUCUUGACCAACACAGACAGACAAAACAAACCAUCUCCUUGUUCUUUUUCCUCUUCUUCUUCUCAGAGAAUGGACUUCCACCUUCAAAGCACUGCUUCUCUGCUGCAAUUACAGAGCGACACUAUCAUUCUCAAUUGAUAUGUCACCGCCACCACCGCCGCAACCAAAUCCAAUCAUUAGCACCCAUAAACCCACAAAUUUUCCUGAUUUCUUUGUCACUGCUAUUUCUAUCUUCUUUCUCUUCUCCUCUUCCUCCUCCAAGCCUCCCUUUCCCAAAAUCCCAUUUCUUUGUUUCCCAUCAAACCCUCGUCGUUUCCUCAAAAUUCCCUCCAUGUCCAUCUCCAAAACCAAUCAUCAUUUCGCCACCCCACAAUCUCUUUCCGAUUGGCUCAAGCCGCGAUUGCCGUCUGAUUCUUUAGCCUCAUGGGGCGUAAGACCCGGCACCAAGAACGUCCAUAACCUCUGGCUCGAGCUAUCUGAAGGUGAAACCUCCCUUGCCGACUCCACCCCUCCAAUCCGUACUGUUAGUGUGGUUUCAGUUCGAAUUAUAGGAAAAGACGAUCAAAUUCUUGUUGAAUCGCGUCAAGAAUUAUCAGAUGGUAGCGUGAGGAAUCGGUGUAGACCCUUAUCGGAGAAAAUGAAACCGAAUGAAACCCCUGAAGCCGCUGUCUAUCGCGCUAUUAAAGAAGAGCUUGGAUCGAUAGUGAAUGAUAGUGGAACUAUAAAGAUUGUGCCUGGUUCAUAUAAAGAGAAGAUUGAGGAAAGGAAUUCAAAUUCGUAUCCGGGCUUGCCUGCCCGUUAUGUGUUACAUUCUAUGGAUGUGAUGGUGGAUGGAUUACCUGAAGAAGAGUUUUGUACAGAGGAGGUGGAGGAGUAUCCUGAUUCUGAAGAAAAGAGAGCUGCAGAUAAAGCUGUUUCUGUUAAGAAACAUUUCUGGAAAUGGACAGACCUCUGUUUAUGUACCUCUGGCCAUUGUAGCUUUCACAAAUCUAGACUAAGGCAAUGUAAUUUGUUUCUUCAGUGAAAUGAGAAGAUUAUGGUGGUAAUUCAAUGUAUCAGGGUGCUGGCGAGUGGGUUUUGAGUCCUACUGUUGGCUGCAAAUGAGCUGAAGGUAAAUAGCAGUCAUAUAUUGUAAGGUUAGGACUGAAGGUUGUACAGUGUAAGGUUAGGGACUAAAGGUUGUAACUGUGAGGCAAAUUAAUGUUAUAUUGCAAUUUCUCAAUAGCUGUGGUAUUCUUGUCUCUGGCAACAGCUUUCGGUCCAGCAACAGUUACUAGAGUGCAGACUAGUUUCCUGAUAGUGUUUUCCUAUUGCUUUAGCGUCUAACGGUGUACAAGGAUUUCCUUAUUUCACAACUAAUUAUCUGUCUUUCUAUACAUCUGUCAGGACUUAGUGCUCACUCAGCUAUUCUUAGGUGAGUCACAAAAGGAUUAUCGGUAGCUUCUAACCCACAUAAUCACCCAUCAGAAAGCUAGCAGUUGUAUGUGAUUUCAUGUCCAAUUUAAUGCUUAUGUGCGUGUCCAUGACAAAUAGGAAAUUGG